AUGUGCCUAGAGGACAAGUUUGAACUUCUCAAGGAGAUUGGCGAUGGUAGCUUUGGCAGUGUCGCUUUGGCUCGUGUCCGAACGGCUGGUGCUCAUAUUGCUCGACGAGGCACUAUGGUCGCUAUUAAGACGAUGAAGAAGACCUUUGACUCUUUCGGCCCAUGUCUGGAACUUCGAGAGGUCAUCUUCCUGCGCUCAUUACCCGUCCACAUUCAUCUCGUCCCAGCUCUCGAAAUCUUCUUAGAUCCAAUGUCGAAGAAGCUACACAUCUGCAUGGAGCACAUGGAUGGAAACCUGUACCAACUAAUGAAAGCACGUGAGCACAAAUGCUUGGAUAGCAGCAGCGUCAAAAGCAUUCUUUUCCAAAUCCUGUCCGGUCUAGACCAUAUUCAUAAUCACAACUUCUUUCAUCGCGACAUAAAACCAGAGAACAUUCUUGUUUCGACAUCGUCGCCCCAAGACAGCAACACUACCUUCCGGAGAUAUUCUUCAAUAGUCACGCCUCCAAGUACACCACCCUUGUACACGAUCAAGAUAGCAGACUUUGGCCUGGCUCGAGAAACGCAUUCACAACACCCCUACACAACUUAUGUCUCGACAAGGUGGUACCGCGCUCCCGAGGUCCUCCUCCGUGCUGGUGAGUAUUCGGCACCGGUCGACAUCUGGGCCAUUGGCGCUAUGGCUGUUGAGAUUGCCAACCUUAAGCCAUUGUUCCCUGGUGGCAAUGAAGUUGAUCAAGUAUGGAGGGUAUGCGAGAUUAUGGGUUCGCCUGGCAACUGGUAUGAUAAGUCAGGCAAGAAGGUCGGCGGUGGAGACUGGAGAGAUGGCACUCGACUGGCCCAGAAGCUAGGCUUCUCUUUCCCAAAGAUGGCUCCUCAUUCUAUGGAGACAAUCCUGAGGGCACCACAGUGGCCAGUUGCUUUGAGCAAUUUUGUUACUUGGUGCCUGAUGUGGGAUCCCAAGAACCGGCCUACGUCAGCGGAAGCUAUGAAGCAUGAGUAUUUCAAUGACGCGGUUGAUCCUCUGCGGCCAAAGUCCUCGGGCUCCCGGCUUCUCGGGAGGAAGCAUUCAAGCAUAGACGGCAAGUCUCAGAGGGAUUCCAGCGAAGGUGCCGCACAAUCUUCCAGGCCCUCCUGGUUCAGAAAGUCACUCAUUCGUGAUCAUUCACCGGCCUUACCCAUACAGGUGCCCUCUUCUCAGACUCAAGUAACAUCACCCAACAGGUCGCCAAUAUACCAUGCCAAGACAGCCGACAAUGUUCCCCCAGCUGCAGAGUCUACAUCGACCAUCAGAUACCGUCCGUUUGCCCACAAGCGAGCCACUUGGACCAACGGCACGAAUCCUUCGAAUGCUGCGCCGAUGCCGAUCCUCCCAUCCAUUCGGCCUAUAUCUCCCUUCUCGGAUACUGUGACUGCGCAGUCACACAAUAAUCCAGUGUAUAAACCCACAGGCCAUGCUACCACGACGGUCCCGUCUUCUGAUCCGAAACCGUCGAAAAAGAUCGGCCGUCAAUUGUCAGUCCAGUCAAACGGAAAUCACUAUGCUGACCUUCAUCGCCAAGAGGCUGAGCGUGCCUUGAAUGGGCAAAGGGCACCACCAAUGUCUCCUAAUAGUGAGCAAAAGGAAGGCUUUUUCUCCCAUCUGCGCAAAAGAGCACGGAGGUUAUCGGGAAAGCCUCAAAUGCCAGUGCCUUCAAGCAUGGAUGACGUUGAAGCCAAUGCAGGCUGUAGUCCCUGGCAAAGUAAUCGAAACUCCAUGAUUGUUGAUUCUAACAUGGACACGAUCUUGGAGAAGAGCUUCAACGACGUUGACGAAGCUCUACAAUCAACUCGUCCACUCGCCGAGCCGCUCUCGCCAUCACCCGAAGUCCCAUCUUCGCACAAACAGCAGCACGGCCUCUCCAACGCUGAGAAUUCAAUAAAUCGUCACCCAUCUCUGUCAAAAAGUGUAAGCUCCCCAGCUUUGGACUCUUCGAGCUUCACAGGUGCUGGUGGGCCCAUAUCGAGUCGAACGCGACGAGCUCUCCACCGCUCGACCCAUCCGAGCCAUAUGUACGACACACCCGACGAGGAAGACGAGUUGCUCCACGAGGCUCUAAAUAGUGCUCAGAACGCUGCCAAGGGAAUAGAUGGUCGUAGCAAAGCUGAAGAACGGGACUAUCUAAAGAAAUUAACACAGGUAGACACUCCUCGACAGCCGUUGCGGGACACGGCCAACAACAUGGCGUCUCUGAAUCCAUACCCUACUCCUUCGCCAUCAGCUAAAAGGAACGGCGUUCUUUUCGAUGCGAAUGCCAUGACGGAACCAGUCGAACCUCUCAAAAUCAUCAAAACUCGGCCGAAGGAGGACGUCCAUCCUACUCCAAGAUGGCCAACACCACCAUACGAAGAAAACGAGUGGGCUGCCUCAGCGGCUGCUAGUAUCUUCGCUGCUGGGUCUAUCUACCAAUAG